AUGUCCAGCUAUCUGGGUCGUCUCAACCCAAUCCCGGGCUUUCCCGGAUACUCGGGACCUCACAAGGUCGGGACGGUGGACGUCGAGAUUCCCAUCUCGGAGCUUCCAGCACCAUGCCCAGUACCAGAUGGCGCGCAGGAUAUUCACACCAUUCUGUUUCGCAUCUUCUAUCCUACGAGCUCAGAAGCCAAAGGAAAGGAAAUCACAUGGCUUCCCAACCCGCAGCGCCAGUACCUGAUGGGUUAUGGAUUUUUCAUGGGCGCUUCUCCUCUCCUCUCCAGCCUGGCUUCCUUUGUACCCAGAUAUCUCCACUACGUCACAAUCCCGGCCAUUAGGAAUGCGCCUCUGAUCAGCCCGGCAGCUAAGAACGGCCGCUGGCCUACCAUGAUCUUCUCCCACGGUCUGGCAGGUAGCAGAAACUCGUACUCACAGCUGGCCGGCUCACUUGCCAGCCAUGGCGUUGUGGUGAUAUGCCCAGAGUACCGUGACGGCAGUGCCAUUGCUACAGUCGUCAGAGACCCCGUUGCUCUCUCCAAAUACCAAGGAGGACUUUUUGCGCAGAGGCCGCGGUCUGCCGAGGUUGUGUAUAAAAACUUGCCACACACCCCAUCACGGGAGAUAUCGGAAGCUCGCGACGCCCAGCUACGUGUCAGAGCUUGGGAGACUGGCUUGUUGUACGAGGCGCUGGUCAAGAUGGAUGAGGGCAAAGCAGAGUCCAUGACCAACCUGAACACCAGCACACCUGCAGAGGCUUUAUCCUGCUUUGCAAACAGACUCGAUGUCCAGGAGCCUGGCAAGGUCAUAUGGGCCGGCCACAGCUUUGGCGCCGCCACCAUCACACAGGUUGUCAAAUCGACGUACUAUGCAGACCUUCCCGAGGUGAAAAGUAUAGCGAACCCGAUCUUUGCGGUAAAGGAAUCGGCCAAGAUCCGCCGCCAGAUCACAAACCAGUCCGUCGCCGUCCUACUUGACAUGUGGUGUCUGCCCAUGAUCUCCCCAGACCAAACCGCACUCUACAAACUGCCGCUACCCUGCUACGAUACCACUGCCCCAAACUCCCCAGGAGGUGAUGCAUUGCUGGCCGUGGAGUCGGAUGCCUUCUUCAAGUGGACCGAACACCUCCACACCAAGGCCAUGAUCCUCUCCCCGUCCCCCUCGGGUGCGCCUCCCGUGUCCGCCUCUGCAUUCGACAAGCCAGGAUUUUCCAGGCCGAGCUGGUUCUAUGUCAAGGAGAGCGCGCACAUGAGCCAGUCGGACUUUGCAACCCUCUUCCCCUGGCUCGUGAGGCGCGUAUUCAACGGGCAUGCACCUGAGCGGGUCAUGCGUCUCAACCUGCGCGCCGUGCUGCAGACACUCCGGCGGAACGGGCACUCUGUCGCCCCCACAUGUGCCGCUGAUCUUGGCGACGGCGACGAGCCUACCGUCGCCAAAGCUACAGCCACAGGCGGGCUGGAGGAUGAUCCGGCAAUCCUGGAUAGCAAGGUUGCCGAGUCAAAGGCGAUCGACGCUUGGACUCACAUAGACGUUGUCGGGCUCGGGCUCAAGAGUGCGGUUGCUGGGACUAAGACCCAGCAGACAGAUGAGAAGUAG